GGGUGGUGAUGCGCCCCGGUUUUUUAGCGCGCGGCUCCCUCGCGUCCGGCGCGAUCAUUGGGGUCCUGUCGCAAUCUUUGCCCCAGCUCCUUAGCAUGCCAUGUCCCAACCUAUGCUCCGGACGCGGAUGGUGCGAUAGUGGCGACCGGCGCUGUCAAUGCUACGCAGGUUAUACAGGCGCUGACUGCUCGCUACGAACGUGUCCAUCAGGGCCUGCAUGGGCAGAUGAGGCAGACGCUAUCACGGAGUCAGACGUUGCGCACUCGUCGAUCGAGUGCUCGCGGCGAGGCCUUUGCGAGACCUCUUCCGGUAAGUGUAUAUGCGCGGAGGGCUGGGAAGGCGCGGCUUGCGAACGAAAGAGUUGUCCCAACGAAUGCUCACUGAAUGGGAGAUGCGUGUCCAUGAAAUAUUUUGCAACAACUCCGACACCAAAUGAUGCGCUCCGCUGGGAUUUUGAGGCAAUCCGUGGCUGCAAAUGCAACUCGGGCUAUACGAACUACGACUGCUCUGGCCAGUUGUGUCCCUACGGCGACGACCCUCUUUGCGCUUGGCAGCGUGAACUCACCCUACUUGUAGGCACCAAAGAAUGGGAAGAAUGCUCUGGGCGCGGCCUAUGCUCUCGAGAGACGGGAGUUUGUGCGUGCUUCUCCGGUUAUGGAUCUUCCGACGGCCAGAACAACCCCGGACCUUACGAGGACUGUGGGUACGUCCUGCCUGCGGUAGAAGCCAUGGCGGAAUUUGCGGGUGUAGUGGCCUAGCCACUGCACCCGUGUCUUGGCGACAACCUACCCUUGCUCGCAGAGAUCUUGUGUAGCAAGCCUUGGCCUCGAAUACGGCCCCGACGCUCAUAUAGCUCUGGAGAGAAGGUCGUAGUCGAGGAGCGGCCAGUCGGUGUCACAAGUAGCAUGUUAAAGUAGACACCAUGGUGGAAUCUUGAGCCGGGAGCAGCCCAUGUUAAGACAACUUCCUCGCCGAUGCUUUCACCAACAAUGGCAUAUAGGGCUACCCGAUGGCGCCUGGCUUCGGAGAAAGCCACAGUCUAGAAUCGAGCCUGGUGAUAUUCCCUGCCAGUGUUGGUCGCUUUCGACCGAUGAUCUUUCUGAGCGACUCGCAGCAAGGCCUAAUGCGCGAUAUGGUCCACGGACCGAGCGCGGCGCCAGGUCUAGGAGCCGCAGCAUCGGAUGCCCGUGUCGGAUACCGAGGUCGCGCUACAAUAAAACGAUGUCACGACCGAGGGUCAACAGCCGAGCAACUCUAAUUCUACCGACCCGUGGU